AUGGCACUGGGGCAGAACCACACCACAGUGACGAAGUUCAUCUUGCUGGGCCUCACAGACCAGGCAGACCAAAAACAACUCCUCUUCGCCAUCUUCCUGCUGAUCUACUCCAUGACUCUGGUGGGAAACCUAGGCAUGAUAGAGCUGAUCCGCACCAGCUCUGCCCUCCACACCCCCAUGUACUUCCUCCUGAGUGCACUCUCCUUCCUUGAUAUCUGCAAUUCCUCUGUGUUCACCCCCCGGCUACUGAUCAGCUUUCUCUCCACUGACCAGUCCAUCUCCUUUGCAGGUUGUGUGGUCCAGAUGGCCCUCAUGUGUAUCCACGGCACAGGAGAGUGCCUUCUCCUGGCCAUCAUGGCCUAUGACCGAUAUGUGGCCAUCUGCCAUCCUCUUCUCUACCACACCAUCAUGUCCAAGCGCUUGUGUGUACAACUGGUGGUGGUUACCUAUGCUGGGGGUAUGUUCAUUUCAGCUGUACAGACAGGGAAUACCUUCAGUUUGCCCUUCUGUGGCCCCAACAUCAUUGAUCAUUACUUCUGUGACAUCCCCCCUGUGCUCCAACUGGCCUGCUCAGACACCACCAUAGCCAAUGUCAUCCUGCUCUUCUUUACUGCCUUGGUCACUGUCCCCACAGUCUCAGUCAUCUUGGUCUCUUAUGCCUAUAUCCUUGUCACAAUUUGCAGGAUGAUGUCCCUAGAAGCCAAGUGCAAAGCCUUCUCCACCUGUGCCUCCCAUCUCACUGCCCUCUUCCUCUUCUAUGGAUCUGUGUUCCUUGUGUAUGUCCAACCCAAGCCUGAACAUGCCUCAGCCUAUGACAAGAUCCUCUCUGUGUUCUACACCAUCAUGAUCCCCAUGCUUAAUCCCCUGGUCUACAGCCUAAGGAAUAAAGAUGUCAAGGCUGCCGUACAAGUUAGGGUUCUUAACUUAAAUAAGAAAGUAAUUUGUUUGAAAGCUAUCUGA